GAGACAGGCGAGGGGGGGUAGACCUGGGGGAGAUGACUGACUGACAGGACAGGGAAGGGGAGCUUCUGUGGACACACUCCCCACACUGCAGGGGGAGAUAUAAAAGGAGUUGUGGUCAGGGAGAGGAGAGGCCAGGCACUUCAACACUGCAGGAGUCGUGUGUUCACUUGCUGGGAUACUCAAGCUGAGAGACCCGACCCCAGAUGUGGCUAUCUCACAGAGAACAAACACAGCCACUUGGAAGAAAGAGGAUCGUUUUGGACAACAGGUGACUUGUCUGGAGAAGGGUUUUUUGUUUUGGUCACUUUGGAGGGGGGUAAAACAAAUUAAUUUGUUGUGUUUUCCGAUGUGUUUUUGAUGCAAUGUGAAGUCAUGGAGGGACAUGGUCCUGUUGUUUGUGUUCACGGUGGUCUGAGGAGAGAGUAAUAACUAAAGCCGAGGAAUUUUUAACACUGAGGGUUCUGGACUGUUGAUGUUUUGGCUGGUUCCAAGUUACUUUCAUUCUUGAAACAGCCUUUUCCUUUUUCUGUGAACUUUUUACACUUCUUUCCAUCAACUGCAACCAAGUUGGGGACUUAGCAAAAUGGCUGUUACGUUCAACUCUGAGAUUUUCAACGGCUCUAUCUCAGACACUACCAGCGGUUACCAUGACUACGGGGACAUGUACCUCGAUGACGAUCUGGAUGUGUUCAGUGUUACCCUGGCAGUUCUCUAUCUGGCCGUGUGUAUCUUAGGUCUGGCGGGAAACUGCUUGGUCAUCGUCGCCAUUUUAAAACUGGACAAGAUGGCGUCCGCCACCACGGUGUACAUCUUCAACCUGGCGCUAGCCGACGGCCUCUUCAUGGUGGGCCUGCCCUUCAUCGCCAUCCAGAACUUUCAGAACGGCUGGGCCUUCGGAGACCUGGCCUGUAAGCUGGUGAUGGUUCUGGACGGGAUCAACCAGUUCACCAGCGUCUUCUGUCUGACAGUGAUGAGCGUGGAUCGCUACAUGGCGCUGGUCAACCCGCUCCGCUUCGCCCGCUGGCGAACCCCGCGCUGCGCCAAGCUGGUCUCUGCCUUCCUGUGGCUGUUCUCCCUGAUUCCCGUCCUCCCCAUGGCCAUCCACUUCUCUGUCCACGACGGUCUGUGCACCAUGGAUCUCCAGCUGGCCUCGGACUCCUGGUGGCUGACCUUCAUCUGCUACACCUUCGUCUUUGGCUUCGCCCUGCCCUUCACUGUCAUGACCGUCUCCUACACCGCCCUGGUGGUCACUCUGAGGACCCAGCGCCGCCAUGACGCCGCCCCAGGCCACGAGAGCCACCGGCUGGAGAGGCAGGUCACCAAGAUGGUGGUGGCGGUGGUGGUGGCGUUUGGCGUCUGCUGGCUGCCAUUCUACGCCUUCAACUUCUGCUCGCUGUACCAGAACGACCUGGUGCUCACCUUCGCCCGGGGAUUCGAGUUUGUGGUGCUGCUGUCGUACUCCUGGAGCUGCGCCAACCCCAUAAUCUACGCCUGUCUCUCCGACACAUUCGGCCGACACUUCAGCACUCUUCUGUGCCCCUCCAAGACAUCUCCCAGCGUGCACUGCGACGGCGAGACCGAGCGCUAUGACCUUCACGACAGCGCGGGUGGGCGCGACGCGAGCGUGAUGGCUUAGAGAAGUAAGGGAGUGAAAGGUCAAGCAGACCCCGCGUGCGUCUCCAUGUUUCCCUGUCACGACACGCCGGGUUCCAUCAAGAUGCAUGGACACGUCUCUCUUACUAACGACUUCACACCUUUCCAAUCCUUCAACCCGCCCAUUAAUGAGUCUGGAUUCUUGCCUGGCUCAGCUCCCAGGAACAGGACCUGACUAGUCCUAGUGUCCACCGAAGGGAGGAGUGUUUAAGUCAACCACAUUAGGAGUUUGUGCAGCUGCGAUACUCACAGCCGGUCAGUAAAUCUGAAAACAUCUUUUCUUUCUCCAAAUGUUUAUCAGAUUGUCUUUGCUUUGCAGUGGGCUUAUUUGAGGUGGAGUGCUUCUUUUUUUUUGUUUUACAACAUGCUUGUCCUGAUCCCAGCCUGCCCUGGUGUUCAGAUUAGUUGCCCCUGCUUCUGAUGAUGUGCUUAUUAAGACUGGAAAGACUACCGCGGCUCUUAAACUCCUGUGUUGUCUUCACGCGCCAGAACUAAUGAGACGACAUGUAAAAGAGGAACGGAGGCGAGGGGAGACAGGUAGCCAAUCAGAGGCGACCGGCCGUCUGCAGCCCUCUCCGCCUCUGCACGCAGGCAUUACAAAGACCCCCUGGCCCAAACCACAAAGCACCCAGUUGACUCAGUGACGGUUAGUUUGAUCUGUCUCCCUCACCCCACUGCCUGAGCAUGUCAGGGGAGAUUGAGUGAGAUUGUGUGUGUGUGUGGAAGAGUGGGGGUUUGGAGGUGGGGGUUCAGUGUGUGUGUGUGUAUG